AUGGAUAUUUCUCGCAUUCAGGCCUAUACCCAGAAUUUGCAAGAAGGGCAACAACAGCAAAAGAGUGAGCGUGAGCAUGACAGGUACUAUAGUAAGAGGGCUAGAUCCUUGGGUCCGGCGAGGUGCCAAAAAGUCCUCAAAGAUAGAUCUAAGAUUCGUGUAUCACCAGCUGAUGGUAUUCGAGUGGAUACCCAUAAGAUUGAAGCUAUGAAGACUUGGCCAAAAACUACAACACCAACGGUGGUUCGUAGCUUUUUGGGCUUGGUAGGUUAUUACAAAAGAUUUGUAGAAGAGUUUUCUUCUAUUUCUGUACCAUUGACUAAACUGACUCAGAAAUCAGCUAAGUUUCAAUGGACGGAUGCUUGUAAGCACAGUUUUCAAAAGUUGAAGGAUAGGCUGACUUUGGCCCCGGUUCUGACACUUCCGGAGAGGACCGAGGGCUAUAUGGUGUCCGUGAUGCUCGUGGAUGGGGUUAGGUCGUGUGUUGAUGCAACAUGGUAA